UGCUGCUGGCAGCCCAGAUGACUGUACAUGGAAAGAGAAGCAAUAGAAGUAAAUUGAAACAUUAAUAGAGAGGCAGCUGGAGUAAGGACAGAAAGAAGUCAGGCCAGCCUUUAAGAACACUGGUAGAGCACACUUCACAAUGCGUGAGUGCAUCUCUAUUCAUGUUGGCCAGGCUGGAGUUCAGAUAGGAAAUGCAUGCUGGGAGCUCUUCUGCCUGGAGCAUGGCAUUCAGCCAGAUGGCACCUUCAAGAAUCUGCAGGACAAUCUGAACUAUGAUGACUCUUUUACCACGUUUUUCAACGAAACAGUCACUGGGAAGCAUGUGCCACGGGCUGUAAUGGUGGACUUGGAACCAACUGUAGUAGAUGAAGUGAGGGCUGGCACCUUCCGGGAGCUUUUUCAUCCAGAACAACUGAUCACUGGGAAGGAAGAUGCAGCUAAUAACUAUGCACGUGGCCACUACACCAUUGGCAAAGAAAGCAUUGAUAUGGUGCUUGAUCGUGUCCGUAAGCUGACUGAUGCCUGUUCUGGGCUGCAAGGAUUCCUGAUCUUCCACAGCUUUGGUGGGGGUACUGGCUCUGGCUUUACCUCCUUACUGAUGGAACGCCUCUCCGUGGAUUACGGGAAGAAGUCCAAACUGGAGUUUGCCAUCUACCCAGCCCCUCAGGUCUCCACCGCUGUGGUGGAGCCCUACAAUUCCAUCCUGACCACACACACCACCCUGGAGCACUCGGACUGCGCAUUCAUGGUGGAUAAUGAGGCCAUCUAUGACAUCUGCCGCCGAAAUCUGGACAUUGAGCGCCCCACUUACACUAACCUUAACCGCCUCAUCAGCCAGAUUGUCUCCUCCAUCACUGCCUCGCUGCGCUUUGAUGGUGCCCUCAAUGUGGAUCUGACAGAGUUCCAGACAAACCUGGUACCCUACCCGCGCAUCCACUUCCCCUUAGUGACCUACGCUCCCAUCAUCUCCUGCGACAGAGCAUAUCAUGAGCAGCUCUCGGUGGCUGAAAUCACCAGCUCCUGCUUUGAGCCCAACAACCAGAUGGUGAAGUGUGACCCGAGACACGGGAAGUACAUGGCCUGCUGCAUGCUCUACCGUGGUGACGUAGUUCCCAAAGAUGUCAACGUAGCAAUUGCUGCCAUCAAGACCAAAAGAACUAUCCAGUUUGUUGACUGGUGUCCAACGGGCUUCAAGGUUGGGAUCAACUAUCAGCCUCCUACAGUAGUUCCUGGUGGAGACCUAGCCCAAGUUCAGCGAGCAGUCUGCAUGCUGAGCAACACCACAGCCAUUGCAGAGGCUUGGGCAAGGCUUGACCACAAGUUUGAUCUGAUGUAUGCCAAGAGAGCUUUUGUGCACUGGUAUGUGGGUGAAGGCAUGGAGGAGGGAGAAUUCGCAGAGGCCCGAGAGGACCUGGCUGCCCUGGAGAAGGACUAUGAAGAAGUAGGAACUGACUCAUUUGAAGAAGAAAAUGAUGGGGAGUAAUUUUAAAACACACUUUGUUCCUAGUAAGCACAGAAUUGUCUCUGUAUCACUCUGUUGCAUGUAUCUACCAUUAGGUCACCUUUUUUGUAUGUAAUAUACAGAUUUAGGAGGGGUCAUAUAAAGACAUCUUUGAUUCCAUAAAUUGUCCUGUAAGAUAUGAUCAGUUGUAGUAAUGCCCACCACUCCCAGCAAUGCCAAAAGACUUGCUCUUCUUCCUUGCACAUUUAUUGUCUCUUCAAACUAUAAUACACAUGCUAAACCAAUUACAAUUCAAUACCUUCAAGCUUAUAAUGGAGUACAGUGAAUUAGUAGAAUUUUCAAAGUUUUAAUUUGACAUACCUUCACCUUUUUUUUUUUUGGCAUGUCAAAAAAUAAUGGCCACAGAAAAACAGGUCCUCUGCUUUGAGCUUUAUUCUCAUUGACCUUCAGCUGACUGAC